CCGCAUAAAAGGCGCCCACCUCCGCUGUCCGGCACCACAGUCCACCAGUCACCCGACGCACCAAGCACAGCAAUGCAGGCCACGCUGGUUUUCGUCGCGGCGUCGCUUGUGGCGGUGGCCACAGGCGAGGCGCCCUCCACCAGCUACGGCGCGCCCUUCCGCCAGGCACAGCGUCUCCAGACUCAGCCGCAGCAGCAGCAGCCACAGGCAUUCGCCCAGUCGCAGGCUCAGCCAUCAUUCGCUGCUCCUCAGUCUUUCUCCGGAUUCUCUGCGGCCAGCUUCCGCCCACAGUUCUUCAUUCCCUCACAGGACGCCUCUCGACUGUCGGGCCUCUACCGCCUGCCCAGCUUCGCAAACUCUGCCCCCACCACCACAGAAGCUGCCACCACCACUACAGAGGCUCCUACGACUACCGUGGCCGGCCCUUACAACUAUGACUUCCCCAGCGGCCGCACUGCGGCGCUACGCGAGGCGGAGGAGAGCGGCGUGUACUACGUGCUGCAGCCAGACGGCCGCCUGCAGCGCAUCGCCUACGCCCACGGUCCCGCCCCCAUCUCCGCCGACCCCGAGCAGCAGCGGGCCUAUCCUGGAGAGCUGUCUGCCCUGCAGCAGCCAGCAGUAGCACCCGGCUAUCUGGCGCGCUUCCAGUACCAGGACCUGCAUCCUGCCGGUGCUCCCAUCUACUCUUACAAGCAACCUGAGCUUGUGCGCAUCAACUAGGCUAUCAGACAUGCUCGUUUCAGUUCCACGAUUACCUACCCCAAUGUUCAGUACAAUCGCGUAGCUUACUAAACGCUAGCUGAGUGUGUUAUCAAGUUGCAGUAUACGAAUAUUGUGUGUAUCCCGGCAUUCUGGGAAAUAAGUCAUACUGCCUCCUCUCAGACUCAGCUCUCAGAAGGGCUUUAUUAAAUCUGCUUAAAGGAUAGCACACCGUAUUAUCAUCAUCUUCUCGAUGAAAAUUUCUGAUGUACACUAUACAGCAGGAAGAUGUUGUUACAACGAUGAAGUUCUUAAAA